CCUGAACUGUCCCUGCUGUGUGCACCGACCACCCGUGUUUUGAACUGUCCCUGCUGUGUGCACCAACCACCUGUGUAUUUAACUGUCCCUGCUGUGUGCACCGACCACCCGUGUUCUGAACUGUCCCUGCUGUGUGCACCGACCACCCGUGUUCUGAACUGUCCCUGCUGUGUGCACCGACCAACCGUGUUUUGAACUGUCCCUGCUGUGUGCACUGACCACCCGUGUCCUGAGCUGGCCCUGUUGUGCGCACAGACCACCUGGGUUAUGAACUGCCCUACUACACGCCUAGACUACCCUUACUUGAACCGCCCCUGCUUGAGCCAUCGCUACCCGUUGAGUCCCCGUGAACCCGAUGUCCCUAGAAUGCUGGGUGGGAGCUGUGCUAGUCCAGACUCCACAGCUAGAGUCCCGUUGAAUCCCCGAGACCCCUGCCCAGGGGUAGGUUGCCCGCCUGUUGCCCGA